AUGGAGUCGCCUGGUGGUUACCAAUUGGUUGGUAGAACCGUUCCUCUUUGGGAUAAGCUUUCCCUUGGUGUUCACACCGGAAAGUUCAACGAGGGUAACCCUUGGAUGCUAACUCCAUUUGAUCAGGUCAGCUUCUAUCCUGUCACUGAGAAAGAGUUGGACAAAAUUUGUGACGAUUGGGAGCACGGUUUCUUUGACGUUCAAAUGACAAGCUCCGUCUUUGACCAUACCAAGUAUCUUCAGUGGGUUCAAGAACACACCGAUUCCAUUGAGACUUUUAAGAAGAGUCAGAGUGGUGAAAAGAUGGAAGAGUUUAGUAAAUUAAUCAAGGUUGCCAAUAGUGAUUUAAAGAAAUCUAGUGUGGACGUUGAAAAGCCAAUGGAAAAUUGGCCUGAUGAUGCAGAAAUGGUUUAUUCCGAAUACUCUGGACGUUUUUGGAAACCACUUGUCAAAGAAGGUGAUGUUGUGGAGAAAGGCCAGGGACUUGUGGUUAUUGAAGCUAUGAAGACUGAGAUGGUUGUCAAUGCUACAAAAGCCGGUAAGGUCCUGAAAGUUCUUCAUAAAAAUGGUGAUAUUGUCGAGGCGGGUGAUUUGGUUGUUGUGCUACAAUGA